GCCUUUUAUUAUCUACGAGAAGGCUUAUACAAAAUGCAUUUGAGUAAGCUUUGGCAUGAAGAAAAAGGCAGCUUGGGUCGGGACUACAGUCCAAGAAAUGUUCGCCCGUUUUCCUCCUACACUGGGAACACAACCGAAAUUCCCUACGCACUCUUCGUACCUCCAUUUUAUCAGCAAGGUCUUCCACGCUCAUUGAACUAUGGGGGCAUAGGCGGUACAAUUGCUCACGAGCUGGCGGCUCAGUUCCUCGCAGAUAACAGGAGAAGGUGGAACCGCACCGACAGACGAUUGUUUACGAAUAGAACUUCAUGCUUCGAGAAACAGUACAAACCGGUCAACAGGAAGCUGCUUCUGGAACUCGAUGACAAUUACAACGAAAAUACGAGUGCUGAAGCAACCAAAAAUCAAAGUCUACCCUCUGGCAAGACCAAUGAGACCGACGAUGACUGUUUGCGCUACUGGGAAGAAUACGACAAGAAACGGGAACAUUAUCAGUCCAAACAACUCCGCAUCCACUGGCGCAGAACCUUAAACGAAGACAUUGCUGACAACAUUGGCCUCCAGACGGCUUUCGAAGCAUAUCGCCGUGUACUUGAAGAAGAAUGUCAGGGAAUAGACACUCGUCUAAAAGGUCUAGAGAACGUUACCGGAUUGCAGCUGUUCUUUAUUUCGGAAGCAAGGGUUCAGUGCAGAAUAGCAGAUAACGCUACGCUCAUUCAAGAGCUAAGGUGGGAAAAAUUCAGCCCUGCUCCGAACAGGGUCAACAUGGCCAUGAAAAAUUUUGAAGAAUUUGCUAGGGCCUUCAACUGUUCACAUGGCUCCCCUUUGUAUCCGCCCAAAAAUGAAACCUGUUCUUUAUGGUGAAGAAGAACGAGACGACUACAGCA